CUCCACGAUCCUCUACACACGUCUGAUUUCUCCAAUCCAAUACAAAAUUGUAGCAUGCUCAUUGUGGAGCUCUGAUUAAAAGCGUAACAUGCAUGCUUUUGGACAUCUAUACUUGCUCGUAUCCUUAACAUAUCUAGACACCAUAAGCUCCGCAGAUCCACCGACCCAAUGCAAAAAGGACCAGCUGGGUCAACUCCCAUAUACUUUCACUUGGGAUCUUACCAUUCAGGACCGUAUCACUCAAGACUUUACCUUUCGAGAUCAUACCGCUGGGGGCUAUGUUGGUAUGACUAUCACUCGGAACAUGUCGAGAUGUUUUGGACCGGGAAUCUUUGACGUGAUUGUUGUUCGCAUAAAUUCUCGCAUAAAUUUCGUGUCCCAAUAAGGGAACUCUGCUAUCCUAAUUUCUAACGGCGUUUCUCAGAGCCCGAUAUUGAUAUUGCUUCGCUUCGCUACGCAAUAAACAACUGAGUGGAGAAGGAAUCUGAC